CUGAACAGUGUGCGGUCCCUUUAAAUCUGAAGCCCCGCCCCUUCUCAUCGAGCCACCACGUCAUCACAAAUAAAAAAACAAACAUGGCGGCGCACUGCACCUGCACAGCCUUCCUGACUGUAUUUAUACUCGUUUCGUCGGUUUUAACGGCGUGUUUCCUCUCGGGUUCGGACGGGACAUGUCCGGUUGUGUCUCUGACGGCUGUUACCGUCCUGGCGUUGCUAUGGUUACGGAGGUUACGGCGGCGGCGGGGCGCGGAGACUGACCGGCGGGUGUGCGUGCUGGUGCUGGGGGACAUCGGACGCAGCCCUCGGAUGCAGUAUCACUCCUUGUCCCUCAGCAAACACGGAUUUAAUGUGACUUUUGUUGGGUUUUAUGAUUCAAAACCUCAUCCAGACGUCCUGAGACAAGAGAACAUUCAGAUCGUCCCCAUGACGGAAGUGAAAGGUCUUCAAGGGGGACCGAGACUCCUCACGUAUGUGACGAAGGUGAUCCUUCAGGUGCUGCAGCUUCUCUUUGUGCUGCUGAGGAUGGACGCACAGUCUCAUAUACUAAUGCAGAAUCCCCCGGGCCUGCCCAGCAUCGCAGUAGCGUGGCUCGUUAGCGUCCUGCGAGGCAGCACAUUCAUCAUCGACUGGCACAACUACGGCUACACCAUCAUGGCCCUGAGUCACGGACAGAGACACCCGCUGGUCCGGAUGGCAAAGUGGUAUGAACUCUUCUUUGGUCCUCUGGCCGCUCACAACCUGUGUGUCACCAACGCGAUGAAGGACGACCUGCAGGAAAACUGGGGCAUCAAGGCGACGACGCUGUACGACCGACCGGCCUCCAUCUUCAGAGAGACUCCUCUGGAGCUGCAGCACGAGCUCUUCAUGAGACUGGCCGACACAUAUCCUCAGUUCCAGAGUGAACGGUCUGAUGAAGCGGACGUUCAGGUGGAGAGGACGGUUUUCUCAGCUCGUGACCUCACAGGUGACACGGUGACUUUAAGGGCGGAGCGACCGGCGCUGCUCAUCAGCAGCACGAGCUGGACAGAGGAUGAAGAUUUCUCCGUCCUCCUGAAGGCUCUUGAAGAGUACGAAGGCUUCAUCAAAGGAGGAUCUUCUUUACCGUCUUUAGUGUGUGUGAUCACAGGUAAAGGUCCUCAGAAGGAGCACUACAUGAAGCUGAUUGACUCUCUGAGUUUACAACAUGUGAAGAUCUGCACUCCCUGGCUGGAGGCCGAGGACUACCCGGUGUUAUUAGGUUCAGCAGACCUGGGUGUCUGUCUCCACAUGUCGUCCAGCGGUCUGGAUCUGCCCAUGAAGGUGGUCGACAUGUUCGGCUGCUGCCUGCCCGUCUGCGCCAUCGACUUCAACUGUUUGCACGAGCUGGUGAAGCAUGAGGAGAACGGACUGAUCUUCAGAGACUCUCAGGAGCUCGCAGAGCAGCUCAAGUCCCUGCUGUCAGAGUUUCCCAGUUCAGGCGGCAGACUGGGUGCGUUCAGGAGCAGCCUCCGCUCCAGCAGAGGGCAGCGCUGGGACGACAACUGGGACCAGAACGUCCUGCCUCUGAUCACUGCUCCCUGAGGGAAAACAUUAAUGGAUCAUUCCUUUACUUUCAGACCAAAACAAACAGUGAAGUGUUUUUUUAGGUUUUUUUCACCAUCGAUGUUUGCCUGGAAGAUUUUCUGUUUUGGACGAACGAAAAGGAAACAAGACGGUUGGUUCAGAUCAGGGAAGUUGAGACAGAAUAUUUGGGAUGUAUGAAAGAUGGGACAUCCAGAUUUAAUAUCUGGUGCUUUUUAAAAACUUGUAGAAAAUGGAAUGAAGCAGUAAAACGAGUCAGAUAACUCGCUGCCUUUUCAUUCCUACUUCAAAACACUUGAAUGUAUAAAAAGGACAAUUUGUUACUGUGUACAUUUGUAAAUAAAAAAUCUUUAUUGUUCUA